GGACCAUACGGAGAUUUACUACCUCAGCUCUAUUGAAAAUAAGGAGAAUAUGCUCCAAGCCUGUAUCGACAAAAUGGUCGACGAGGCGCCGACGCUCCGACUCUACCCGGAGGAGAAUAUAGCUGCCAACAUGGCCGGCUUCAGACUCUUCCGGGAGAUACGGCAACUGCGUGAAGAAGUGGCCGAAACCAGUGACCUUCUCCAAGUCUUUCGCAAGAGCCAUCUGGAUGUCCGUCAAAGGACCUACUCUACUUGGGUACGAGAUGCCCUGGGUAAAAACACCCCAAGCCGGACCGCGGCCAUUCGAAGUCUUAAUAAGGAUAUUGUCCACGCCGGUGACAUACGCUUGGAUGCAAUGCUCGUCAAUGAGCGCUUUGCGAAAAGCAGUACUGAACGGCAACAUUUCAGUGCUCUUUACGGCCUCACCGCGGAGGACGUAAAUGCUCUUGACCAUAAGAAAUGCCGCGGGUCGCUAGAGGCCUUAAACAGAGCGGCAUCGAUUCUCUUUGACACAUCCAAAAAAAGCCUCGAAACGGGGAUGGAGGAGGAGCGAAAGAAGCUUGUCGAUCUCCUGCUGAAGGGGGAAUAUGAGGAGGCCGAGAAAUUGAGCGGUACUGUUCUAUGUGGGACAUAGAAUUCCAUCAUCGACACCCUUGUGAUAGUUUGGGUUUUUUGUUUUCAUCUUCAUCCCCUCUUAUCAUUACCCCAUUGUUACGCGCCCAGUUGGGCGGCUAGCUUAGUCAGGAAGGUAGAUAG